UGCCCAGCAAAGAAGCAACUCGCCAGAAUGUUGCUCGGAGGCUUGUCGGAGGCCAAAACUGCCACACCAGAAAUCCAAAAGAUUGCUGACAAGGUCAGACCACAGCUCGAAGAGAACACCAAUGAGAAAUAUGAAAAAUUUGAAGCCGUUGAGUAUAAAACUCAAUUCGUCGCUGGACAAAAUUACUUCAUUAAGAUGGAUGUAGGGUGUAGAGGUUUCCUUCACAUAAAAGUCUUCAGUGCCCAUUCUGGAAAAGAUGAUUUGGAACUUCAUGGUUACCGGACUAACAAAACCAAGAAUGAUGAGCUGACCUACUUCUAA